ACGCGGUCCACGGUCCCCAUUGGGUCGUUGAAGAGCAGCUGCCAUUGUCGUGUAUUGUCCAACAACAUAAGAGGAUUAGCGCGCGUGCACGUGCACGUCCACGCACAUUGUCGGGUGACCACGGACGCGGUUGUGACGGGCACGCACACGUGCACGGAAGUCGAGAAGACCGGCUCGCAAAAAAAAAAAAAAAAAAAAAAAAAAAAUCACCGGCGGCGCGCAUUUACUACUACACGCGCGGCAAGACGCGCUUUAUUGCCUGCGACUGGAGCGCGCGCCGACGGUGUGGAGGAUCGCGGACCCCACGAUGGAGCCCAGCUGCUGAACUGAGGACGUGACGAGACGGGGAUCUGAUCAGGGUUUGCGUGAAAAGGGAAGACGUCUAUACACGGCCGGCAUGGCGUGUAUGUGGACCUGGCAGGUGCUCCUCACCGUCUCUCUGCUCCUAAUCCCCCUGUCCACGCACGGGAGGCAUUCAAUGCCUCGGCGUCAUCACCAUCGUAACCAAUCAUCCUUGCACCAGGAGGCCUUGAAUACCAGGAUGGUGCUGAGUGAUGACUCAGCAGAAAGGGAGCACCUUAUAGAAGCAGAGGUCCCCACUUUGUCCAAACACUCCCACUCCCACUCCCACAAACACGCCCGUCUAGCUCUGGUAGAGGAAGAGCCUCCUGUCGGGGAAGAGCUCACUGGCGGAGGAGCAGGACCGGAUCAGCCCGGGAACCCCUUGUCUGACGACAUCAUCACCGUGGAGUUCCACAGUCCGGCACCGGAAGUCGCACCUUCCGACGUGGAGUCUCCCGGGGACAAGCUUCCCAAACCCCAGAAGCAAAAAGCAGGCGCCCCCACAGCUUGGACGCUGUCGGACUUUUACGACUACCUGUCGCCGGACGACGAUCUCUCCGCGUCGGACCCCACCCCGGAGCCGGAGCCCACCCCUUCCCCGCCGGUCUACAUGGAGGAUGAGAACCCGCUCUUGGCCGGUUCUCCUGCUCGUCCCGUCAACGCCAAGCCCGGCGUGGACAAUAAGCCCGCUUGGCCUGCGACGUCCCAGCCAGGACCAGACGACGGUGGAGACUUAAGCCUGGGUGGCGCCCUGGGGGGGGACGGGUGCAGGCUGGGCUUUGUGCGCUCCGGGCCUGGGAUGUGUGUCUCUCAGUGUGACGCCCAGCCCAGUUUCUGCUUCAAUGAAGGAGUGUGUACUGUGGUGGCGGGAGUGGGAGCCUUCUGCAGGUGCAACGUGCAGGACUACAUCUGGAACAAAGGCACGCGCUGUGAUUGGGCCAUCACAGAGUUCCAGGUGAUGAGCGCGCUGGUGGGCGUGGCCUCCGUGGCGCUCCUCCUCCUCCUCAUGAUCAUCGUGUUCUUUGCCAAGAGGCUGCACCGCCUCAAGAACGAGAACAAGCGGCUUCGGAAGCGCAGUAAGUACCGCCCGCAGAGCAGCGAGCCACAGACGGACGGCCUUUCCGUUUCAACCACCGCCGACGGCUCGCAGCCAAACGUAAGGAAACUGUGCGACUCACCUCCGCCCGCCCCCCAAGCUCACCCUCACAACCUGGCGUACUAUGACAACAUUAUCUGUCAGGAUGACCCCAAGAAGCAGGAGGACCACGCAAAGUCGCCAGCGCCCAAGGAAGAGGGCGCCAUGAACAUCCUCAACUCUCAUUCGCCCAAACACGAGAACAACCGUCCCACCUCCGUGGUCCACGACCACAGCCCGGCCCCCAACAGCACAGACGACAACACCGAGGACGGAGUCACUAUUGGUCUGGAGGUGCUCCUCCCCAAAGAGGCGAAGCUCCACCCAGAGAAGAGCUCUCCCCUCCACUACGACGUCUUCCUCUACAAGGUGGCAAACAACGGCGACUCGGCCGCUCCCAACUCUCAUUCCACCGCCUCCCAUCACGCCGCAAAAUCCCCCAAGAGAGCCAAGGUGCAAAAAAAGCCACCCGGCCUGCAGGAUCCUUACCAGGGUAGCCGGGAGCCGCUCACCGGGAGACACUCCUCCCCGUUCCUGCAGCCCUCGUCCGGACUCAAUCGUCACUCAGCACCAGAGGGUUACUCCGCUCCCACGCGCCAUCAUCACACACCCAAAGGUCGGCCUUCCAGUUCUUACUGUUCUGGAAUGAGAAGAGAGGACGGACAUAUUCGUUCAUCUCCAUCGUCUCCUCAUCUCACUCAUCCUCCAUCGUCACCUUCCUCCAGAGUCAAGUGCAGCCCGGUCAGCACUCGAUCCCUCCCACCACUCUCAUGACUUCAACACCUUCCAAAAACACUCAACGCAUCCACCAUUUCCCACUCUCUAACAUCCCCCUUCGCUAUAGUGGCUCGUAGAGUUCAAGAAAACUGACAAAUUGGAAGAAAUAACAUCGAUGGACUUAAUGGUCACAUGAUCACAAAAAUGAUGUGAACAAGUUGCCAAUUUCUGUAAGCACUGAGGAGUUUUUAGCUCUAAUUUUACAAAAAAAAAAAAAAAAAAAAGCCUGCGUUUAUUUUUAGUUUUUACACAUUUUUUUAGCAUGUAUGAUUAUUUCAUGUUUUGAUACAUUUGACAUGUUUUUCCCCAAUAAAUGGAUGAUAUCUACAACA